AUGCCCCCAGCUGAUCUCUCCUCCCUCCCGACCGAAGCAACGAGCUACCUCCUCCGCCAAGCACUUGCGGACCGCGUCGCCGGCGUCCUCAUCGGCUCCGCCCUCGGUGAUACGAUCGGCCUCUACACCGAGUUCCUCUCCGCUGCCGACGCCGCAACAGCCUACCCCACCCGGCGCUUCACCCUGUGUGGGCCCAAGAAUGAGGGGCCGACCCUUUUCAAACUGGACAUGCAUCGCGCGCCCAAAGAGCCAGGUCACUGGACCGACGACACGGAUCACGCCCUGCUGUUGCUGCUGUCUUUCCUUCUUACCGCGAGCACAGACCUCCCCCCAGAUAAGCAGCCGCUUCCGACGCAAGCAGACCUCGCGAAAAGGUUAAGGGUCUGGGUCCGUCAGGGCCUACCGCCGCUGGAUACCCUCCCGCUUGGUCUGGGCCGCACAGUAGGGAGUAUUGUUGCCUCAGCGGGGUUCGACACCUCCCCUGAGGCUGUUGCGCGCGAGUAUUGGGAGCGGACGGGGCGGGUGGUCGCACCAAAUGGGAGUCUGAUGCGGACACAUCCUUUAGGGGUGAUAUGUCUGUUUCGGGAGGAAAGGGAGGCGUUUGCGCUAGCAGCGGAGAUCUCGCGUGUGACACAUGUUGACCCGAGGUGUGUGGUUGCAUGUGUGAUUGGGACGGGGUUGGUAAGGGGCUUGGUUAACGGGGAGGUGAGGGAUUGGCAUGGGGUUGAAGGGGUUGUGGAGAGGGGGGUUGAGUGGUACGUCAAGGAGGGAAAACAGGGCGGCGAUCAAGACUGGAAAGAAGAUGAUUGGGAGCAUUUGCAAAGUUAUGUUGGGAGGAAGGUUGGACUGGAUGAGCUGAAACUUGAUGAGCACGGUGCCAUUGGGUACGUAUAUAAGACACUUGGUUCGGGGGUUGUGCUGCUGAGGAUGGCGAUGGAGCGGCUAGGGAAUGGAAAUGAGGGGUUCCCUCAGAAGGGCAAGGUCUUUGAGGAGCUGAUAACAGACCUGGUAAUGCAUGGAGGAGACGCCGACACAAAUGCUUGCUUUGCUGGAGCCCUGUUAGGAGCAUAUCUUGGAUACUCGGCGUUGCCAGGUCACUGGAAGCACGGUCUGAAGCAUGGAGAUUGGCUAUCAGGCAAAGUUGAAGCUCUCUGCCGCGCACUCGGCUUGUUAGACGGCAGCUACGCAGGAGUUCACGACCCAGACACGGAAAUAUAUGGAGGAAAGUAUCCAAUUAGUGAUGAUGAAAUGGAGCAACGUUGGAUGUUGCUCCAAGCUGAUGUUGCAGCGAAAAUGGACAAGUCAGCAAAAGCUGAGGCGUUGAAGGCACCGACUUCAAACCCGUGGUUAAGAUGGCCAUUACCAUGGCCGCCCAAAACCAGAAAGCGAGGGUGA